CACUCCGACGGGAAGUUUCCGUCCAAUCCUCGUUCGAAAGACCAAGUCGUGUAAGGUGGUGAAAAACGUGUGGCAUUCAAGCCAACAAUCAGGAAGGGUCAAUAAAAUUAGGAUCGAACUAUCGGUUCGAGAGAACCAUACAUCCUAAAUGCAUAUUUUCGACCCUUUUUAUAUAAUAAAUUAAAAAUAUAUUUGUAAAAUAAAACAUAUAUACAUACAUAACACCAGAAAGAAGUUUUUUGAAAAACUCGGGCAAUAGCAGCAUUCUGGAAGAACAUAACAGUGAGAGAGGCGAAUGUAGCUGCCCAGCUCAAAGUCUCUAUAAAAAUAACAAACUACAACAACAUAACAGUGAGUAUAAUAAAGGCAAAUAUUAUACUGCGUUGAUAUCUACUUACUCAAGAGGAAACACCUCGCUUUCGCAGUCUAUGUUUAGUAUUCCAGUAAGAAGAGCUGUAAUGAGAUAAAGAAUACAAUUAGAUUGGUUGACUAGAUAAAGAAUACAAAGAUUCAAUCGUUAAUCGUUCUAGGAAGUUACCGAAUGUGCAGCAAUGCAUCCACAAAGCAAAGAACGCUUCCGAAAGGUUUUGUACCAUUUCUUCUUAGUCAUGAUGCCGCCGACGAUGAACAUAUAUUUAUCACCUAGCAGUAUAUUCAAUCCUUGAAAUGAGUAAGUCAAAACUGUAGUUAACAAAACAGCUGUGUAUGCUAUACGUUUGGUUCCGGCGGCACUGGAAUAUACGACACCUUACGAGUUAUUGCAACGCGUGUAUCAAACUCGCAUCAAAACAAUCCACUGUCAGGAGUUGUUUACAUUUUUUUGACAUUUUCCCAGAGUCGGCAAAGCAUGCAUUGCGAUGUGAAGUGACUAUACUGGCCCUAUCCUAUACUGACACUUGUUUACGUUUAGCUGUGUAGCUGCACUGUUUCACGGAGUUGUUAAAUUAGUUUCGACACUAAAAAAUUAUAGCUUGUUUGCCGUCCCAAACAUUAGCAUUGCCGCAUGGCAUGAAAUGCUUGAACAUCGCCACCACAUUCGAUUACCAAGGAAUAAAUAGCAAAUUGUGACCGCGUCGUCCGGCGGGUACGCCGGCUCCGAUCUCGUACGGCUGGACGCUUGCCAGGCUGUUGGACGAACAAUUUUGUGACCAGAAAACCAGAAGCGGCCAAGACAUAAACUGCUCAUUCUUGUGGGUGGCCAUUGAGAUACGGUCAUUUUGAGUUACAACUGACUACGAAAGUUUAACAGUUGAAAGCUCUCAAACAGAUGUAUUUCGGCAUAUACAUAUUCUAGCUCGAAGUGAACAGGAACAUCAUUGCAGAUUAUCCAUGUCAAUGAGGUAGAAAAUCUUUAUCCGUAAGGGCCGACAUGUCGCAGGAUAGACCAUGGGAGGCAAAACAGACACAAAAACGUCAAGGGUUUCGCGCCGUAAUAAAAAGAAGCCAACGGAGCAUCAACGGCAAACCAAACCGAACCGUAUAUCACCGGGCGAAAACCAUGACUCCGACCAGCAAUCGUUGGGCACGGCGGGAACUCCAACCGGUGGUAAACGUUACCAGAGCACACGAACUCAAGCGGCAUCCCAGCGGCGAGACCGUGCUCGUAAGCUGGCGACGGAAACGGAUCGUACCGGGUUGGAUGCGCGAGGUUCGUCGCCUCACGAGGUAGCGAACAUACCGGCGGAUAUGCGCAUCUCGAAAUUGUUGCGGCGGUUGAUGGUUGAGACCAAUCCAGAAGUGUUCCUAAAGGUGUGUGAUCGGCUGGAGCUGGUAAUACUGGACCCAUCGAAUGCAACCUACGUUCGCAAAUCGUUCGACAUCCUCGCAAACACGAUAAACUCUAUAUUGGAGAAUGGACUCCGUGAUUAUCAGGAUCGAGUUGCGCAGUUGUUUGGCAUGAUGCUGUAUGUGUUACUAUGCAAUUCGACCGACACCUCCAUUCUGCGUAGCUGGAUCGGUCGCUACCUUAACCAGACCAAAACGAUCCGCCGUUCGGCACUCAUUGCACUUAGGCAGGCGAUCAUACUGGACCGAGAAGGCCAAAAGCCCGACAGUGUAAUUAAUUGGUUGCUGGGAGUUUUGCAGGAGAUCCUGGAAACUACCGAUGUGCUGGAGGUGUUUGUGCUGGUAACAGAUGUUAUGGUAGAACUAGCGGAAGGCUAUCCGAGAGCAUUUGCCCCGCACUUUAGCGACAUCGUUGACAUUGUCGUCGGCUGGCAGUUGGAAAAUACACAAUCGACAAAAGUGAAGCUACAUUGCGCACGGGUAUUGCUGGCGUUUCAGCAGUACUGGUACGAAAAACGUGAUGUUACGUUCAAUCUGCUCGAACAGUUCAGCGAAGACAUCGAUGGGCUAUGCGGUGACGUCGACUAUAACGACCAACGGCAACGAGACGAUGCGAACCGUCUGUUCGGUGCACUGUUGACCGCAUUCAAUAGCGUGUUGAAGUGUUUGGCUGAUUCAACGACCACACACACAGCGGAUGCUUUUGUGCUCCAAGAGGAUGAGCUGACGCGGUUUGACUGUUGCAGUAUCACCAUUAUGGAGAUUGUGUUUCGCCUGUUGGAUGCACAGCCUACCGGUUUAGUGGUUGCCUCUAUAUGUGAGUUCACCAUGCUGAAGCUAACAUUACAUUCGCCAACUACCGAGGAGGAUUUAGAUCGUCUGAUCCGGAAGUUGAUACUGUACAUCGAUGCUUAUAGCGACGAGCAGGUCGGCGCUCUGCUACAUCUGCUAUUCCACUACAUCGUUGCAGAAGGAGCCGACGUACAGCAGCGCCGUGUACGGACGUUACUGCCGUUGCUAUUCCAGGAAGGAUCGUUAUAUGCGUUACGCUACCGCCAAAAUCGAACGGUUCAACGGGUGUUGUUACUGCUGUGCCAUCACAUAUUAACGCUUAAACACGUGGAGAUACUCCAGACCGCCUACAAUUGCAUUCUGACCGAUAUCGACGAUGCGCUAGGGAAACUGCGAGCAAUUGGAAGCCGGACGCUGUCGAAUGCGAAUAUCCUGCGAUUGCAGUACCGUAUACAGUUUAGUUUACUGCUCUUUUCCCCGCUUGCUAUGGCGCGGAAUUCCAUCUUUAUCACGUGGACCCUCAAGGAUGAACCGGUGCUGCACGUACUGCUGGAGCGUUUAGCACCGACCGAUGGUCGACUGUGGGAUCAGCGUGUCCAUGCGCACCUGCACUAUGCUGUACUGCUUACCGCUUAUCAUCACUGCAGCGCAAACAAUCACUUCAUCUCGUCCAGCAGUUUGCUACAACCGGCACGGCCGUACGGUAUGGUGGAUCGUUUUCGGCGUGGCAGCCGCGCUGAAUCGUCGGACGGUGAUGGGGACGCACCACCGGAAAGCCCUACGGCCGAUCACUUUGGGCUAGUGUUGCGAUUCCUCGGUACAAUCCUUGGACAGUGGCGAAGCGUUCGUCCGUCGAACAGAUACGAACCACGCAGAACGAAUCUGUUGCUGCUGCUGCUCGAUUGGAGUUUGGCGAUUGUAACGCAAACCACCCGUUACCAUGACGUAUUGCACGACUGUGAUGAUUUCAAUCAAUUGCUGGUACACGUUGGGACGGUUGCCGUCGAGGAGGGCAGCGAGAGCGAAACGAUCGGGUUACGGUGUGCUGAUUGUCUGGAUGCCGCCUGUCAGUACACGAGCCUGCACGUGUCCGCCUACCAAGCGAUUGCCGAAGCGUGCUGUGUUCAGCUUUGUUCGGUGUACGGUAGCUUGCGGACACGGUACACCGUCCUCUUCUCGAAGUUACCGUUGCGCCACUCGCUGCGCCAGGUGAACGAAUUCACCGGUGUGAAUAGACGACGAUGGGAGCAGAUUGGAGAGCUGAAAAACGGCCUUUACCAGGGCGGUGGUGGUUAUGGGUUGCAGCAUUCCGCCACCCUGCGCAUGGCAGAUCUCCGUAGCCUGUUCAACCGGAUCACAUUCAGCCGCGAUGGGGCGGGUUAUGCUGGUGGGUUUCUGCAUGAACUGCUUACCCGUUCGUUCGAUCAACCGUCCCGGUACGGUGAAAUGGCACUCAGGGACCUGCGCUGUCUGAUACCGUGGGCCCAGUGGGAGGCGGCCCAACUUUGCGUCAACCACAAGCUGCGCACCCCGUUCGGCAAACCCCAGGGCACCUUUUUGCGCAUCGAGUCGAUCGUGAAGCAGUGUGCCCGUAUAUUAGCGCUGACGGAUAAAUUUCACGUCCGUGAUAUUGGGACGUCCAUCGUGAACCAAAGGCACGCCCGCAUACUGCUCGGGUUUCUCGAAGCGCUCGAAAAGUCCAUCUACAAUGCUGCCGAAGGUACGGCGUACGCGUUGCCAGCACCGGAAAAACCGGCGCGUACAUUUUUCCGCGUCAACCAGCAGACGUGUGCGGAAUGGUUUACGCGCAUCCGCACCGCGGUCGAUCUGGUCGCGCUACACUGCAUGGAGCCGGAGAUGGUGAUCCGAUAUUCGGAGGCCGUUCUGCGAGAGCUGGUCGCCGCCGGUAAGACAGCCGAUCCGAUCUUCGAACACAUGCUGAUGUCGUUGGUGUGGGCGCUGGUAAGGAACUGGGAGUCGGAUGCACUGUACGGUGUGUACGUAUGGAGCAAACGGCUGACAGGUCGCAAAUACUCCUGGAUACGAAUGGCAGCGGAGGAAGCGUCCGGUCAUCGCGAGACGGCAGCGAGCGGAUUUCGUAGUAUAUUGGCCGAUCCCGGUAGCGUUGGGAUGGACCGACACAUACGCGACUUUAUCGUGGAUCAAACGAUACUGUCACUGCUAUUUACCGGUGAUUAUCGGCAGCUGUACGAGUUUCUGCUCGCGGAAGAAAGCAGCGGUUCGCCACGGGCUACCAUCCCACUGAUAACGGUGACGGCAGCCCAGAUCCGUUCGAUCAUACGGUACGAGGAAACGCACGACGUAAGCGUUAUCGAUAUUAGCCAGUGGGAGCUGGUGGACGUUGGGAACAACAUCCCGAAUGAUUUCUCUUGCCACAAGAUGAUCUGUGCGGUAGAGAACAGUCUGUCCGGCAUUAUACUGCAGGACCAGAUAGAGCAGCGUGAGCGUAUGAUCGAUGCGAGCACGGAGCUGAUCCAGUGCUACCUGCAGGAGUGUCUGUUGACGCGCUGCCGCGAGUACCUGUUCCAGCUGACCAUCACCAACCAUAUCCUGUACAAGAUUGCACAGCGCAUACGGGCACCGGACGCCACUGCCGGCACGUUUGAUGGUGGCGGUGCGGGACUUGGGUCACUGAAUGUAGAGAAAUUCUAUGGCACGCUCACGCUGAUGCGGCUUCUGGCGUGGUCCGAGUUUCUGCUAGCGCAUGCAAGCGUCGGUUACGAGGGCAAGCAGCAGAACAUCGAUCUCCGCCUUGAUAUGGUAUCGAGUGGGCGCAAGGAGAAAAAUUACGCACUCAGCAGACGGGAGUUGGAGAAGUACUACCACAAGUCGAACUUGGUUGCACGGUUGGAAGAUUUCGUGGAUGGUGGUGGGGCGGAUCGGCCGCAGCAACGAAUCACACUCGAACAGGUAGCGGCUGCACUCACCAGGUACGGUCCAUCGCCACCGAACGGGCUAUGGGAUGAGAACCUGUCCCGGGCCGUGUACGAGCAUUGCAAGUGGCUGUACUGUCAAACGGGUAAGCGGUUGGAGGCGAUGGACUUUGCUGCCUGUGCGGCGGUCGCCAUCGACGGUGUGCUGCAGCGGCGCCGAGCCGAGCAGGAAGGCAAACGGACGGCCCAGCUGUCGGAACGGGUCGCACGCUUUCUGCUCACCAUCAGCGACUGGAUGGCGAGCGAGACUGGUGAACCGUCGUCGGCUAAUGAGCUGGCAAGUGUAAAGCGGUUGGGCCAUCAGCUACCAUCGAUCGAUGUGAAACCGCUAGCGUCGCAGCAUGAUGGGAUCUUUGGCCCGUCGGAUCGGUUGAUCGGUACGAUGCUGAAGGGUGCGGUGGAUCGUUGCCCACCGCUGGCGAAAGCAUGGUUCGCACUGGGAUCGUGGCUGUACCGGUGGGGCAAGCGCAUCGUGGAGCACAGUGCGGCCGAUGGGUCGAGUGCGCGCAUCAGCGUGGACCAGGUGGUAGCGAUACUGGGUGGACCGAACGUUACGCUGGACGAUUGCGAGCGUAUCGUGGAGAUACUGAACGAACACGAGCCGGCCCGCAUCGUGGUCGGUGUUGAUGGUGACCGUGAUACGGACGAUGCGGACGAACUAGAGCUCGACAGUUCAGCAACGAUCGGAUCGAUCGGGUUGCUAGAUGCAUUGCAUCGUGCCAUGCCCGGUUUGGAAAGCACCGUACCGCCGGAACGUCUGCACGCGAUUAUCGACAUAUGGCGCAGUAAUCAUCGAGCCGUGUACGGUUACUACGAGGCGGCGGCUGAAGCGUACUUUCGCUUUCUGCAACUAUCCACCGGAAGGAACGAUACCACGUCCGAGGGUGUUGAUAGUGAACGGGCCCGAUCGGUCACGGUGACGCUGCGGUUGCUCCGCUUGAUCGUGAAGCAUGCGCUCGGGCUGAAGGAGGUGCUGGAGGAGGGUUUGGCCACGACACCGAGUGAACCGUGGCGCGUUAUCACACCGCAGCUGUUUUCGCGCCUCGCCCAUCACGAACCGUACGUGCGGCGGCGCGUAUCGGAGUUACUUUGCCGCGUUGCCAAGGACGCACCACACUUGAUCAUCUUCCCGGCCGUGGUCGGUUCGGUGCAGGAGGAACCGGGCCAGCUAACCGUGGUGGAUGUCCUGCGGGACGGUGUCGAGGAGGUAUCAAGCAGAAUUAAUGACACCACCGAACCGGUGCCGCCACCCGCUGCCGGUGCAUCAGGAUUGGGUUCCUGCUUCAACGCACUGCUGGACAUUCUGUCGUGCGAAAUUCCAGACACGGUCAAGCAGGUGCAAACGCUCGUGCACGAACUGCGCCGAAUUUCCCUGCUGUGGGAAGAGCUUUGGGUGGUGUCGCUGCACCAGAUCUACGCCGACUACACCAAGCGCAUACCGAUGUUCGAGGGCGAGUACGGGCGACUGUACGCGUCCGGUCAGCUCACCAACCAGCGGAGCGCACUGCUUGCGGAAAAGCAUCGGCUACUGCUGCGCCCGUUGCUGUUCGUGCUGGAGCAGCUGUACGGCAUCACCUCGCGGAAAGCGGAAACCAGUCACGAGCGCCAUUUCCAAACGCGCUACCAUCGGUACAUCCGCCACAUGCUCGCGAAGUUACGCGAACCGGCCGACUUUAGCCGACCGAUCGAGGGUUGGAAUCGGUUCCGGACGCUCUACACGCAGCUGCAGCAGCGCAGCCAGAAACGCUUCUCGCUCUUUCUGCGCCUCGGCGAUGUUAGCCCGAAUCUGUUGCGGUUAUCCAACACGGCCAUUGCAAUGCCCGGUAUCGACACAACGCUCGCCGGCAGCCGACAGCCGAUCCUGAUACGCUCGGUAGACAACAACAUACAAAUUUUGCCAACAAAAACGCGACCGAAGAAGCUAACGUUCUGCGGUAACGAUGGACGUCGGUUCGGUUAUCUGUCGAAGGGAUUGGAGGAUCUGCACCUAGACGAACGCAUCAUGCAGUUUUUGUCGAUAGCGAACCUCAUGAUGACCAAAUCAAUCGAUUGUAACGGUAACGUGACGCAUUACCGUGCGGAACACUACUCGGUCAUACCGCUCGGCCCACGCUCGGGGCUUAUUACCUGGGUCGACAACACCGUACCAAUAUUCUCGCUGUACAAAAAAUGGCAACAGCGCGAAGCGUUGCAGAAGAAAGAAUCGAAGAGUAGCCGUGGUGCCGCACUACGCCCAUCGGAGCUGUUCUACAACAAACUUACACCGUUGCUGCAAAGCCACGGCCUGAAAGCUAAUGCGAGUCGGCGAGAAUGGCCAUUGCCGGUGUUGAAGCAGGUGUUGGCUGAGCUGCAGCAGGAAACACCGCGCGACCUGCUAGCCAAAGAGCUAUGGUGCCACAGUGCAACGGCAUCCAGCUGGCGACAGGUCGUCCGCAGCUAUUCGCUAUCGCUUGCCGUCAUGAGCGUGAUCGGCUACAUCAUCGGGUUGGGCGAUCGACACCUGGACAAUGUGCUGGUGAAGCUGGCAACCGGGGAGAUCGUGCACAUCGACUACAACGUCUGUUUCGAGAAGGGUAAAACGCUGCGAGUGCCGGAAAAAGUACCGUUCCGGAUGACGCCCAACUUGGAGGAGGCCUUGGGCUUAACCGGCAUCGAAGGUACCUUCCGGUUGGCGUGUGAGCACGUGCUGAAGUCGCUUAAGAAAGGUAGGGAAACGUUGCUCACAUUGCUGGAAGCGUUCGUGUACGAUCCGCUGGUUGAUUGGGCGAUUGGUGAAGAGAUCGGUAGCGGAUUACCGAUGACGGCCACCGACAUUACCGUCUCUACCGCAGCCGCAGCCUCUAACGCACCCGGUGGCGGAGCGUCGCGUUACAUCAGCCAGGCGAAGAAGCAGCUGGAUCGUGAAGUUACACGCGACACGCUUGCGGUGCGUUUUGCCGAAUGUCGCCACGACUGGUACCAGAACCGGAGCGAUUUGCUGCAACAUCUCAUCUGCCUGCAGAAGUAUCUGCGUAAUCUGUGCGAGGUGCGGAACGAGCUGGCGGAGUCGGAACGGUUGCGCACGUCACUGUCGCAGCAAUCGCAGCUGAUCGGCGAGGUGGAGUACCUCGACACAGCAUUCAGCAGUCACCCGUUGGCGAGCCUGGCACAUAGACUGAGUGCGCGGGCACGCCUGCAGGAGGUGUAUGCCGGCCAGCGAGAGCAUCUCAUCCAGCAGGCGGAGUUGUACACGCACCAGCUAGAGGAGUACGAGCAGUAUCGCAAAGCAAUCGACGGUGAGCAACUGAACCGCUUAAAGUAUGCGCUCACCGACGUACCUGAGCUUAUCCAGCCGGACGACGAUACGCAACAACUGUUGGUGGCCUUCCUGCCUAAGGACGACCCAGGAUACGUACAAUACACCUUCGCUCGCACGGAGCUCAGUGAAUUGCAGCGACGUGCCGCUCCGAUUGCGGCAAACAUCUUCAACCUGCUCGAGCAGUACGGCGAACGGCUGCCAAACGUCGCGAAUGAUAAUCAUCCACUGCAUCACUACGCCACUUGGUAUAGGCAGCUUACCGAAGGUAGUCUAGAACCGGCGGUGGCCCUCGAACGAGCACAACAGAUUGUACGCGAACAGGAGAAGAUGCCAAAUCUUGACUUACAGCCCAAGGACGCAGCGGAUGAACACCAAACAAAAGAGAUCCUUGCAGAUCUGCGGAGCAUUAUGGUGCUGAAUCGUGCCUUGAUAGAUGCGGAGCGUACUACCGUGGAUGGAAUGAUGGUGCAGGUGCAGAUGAUGUCACACCUAACCAACCACCUGCUGGAAGAAUGCGUCAGCCAAUGUGUUAUCGCCGGUAAUGCACUGGACUGUUUGCGUCGUACAGCGACAGAGUACCAGUCUUUGCAGCGGUUUUAUGAGCUGUUGAUACCGUUACUAAAUCGAUGUCAGAACGAAACAACAAAUGAUCGUGAGCUGCAGCUGAAUGAACAGUUCGAGCAGCUAGUGCUGAACGUAGAACAGUGCCUACGACAAGGCCAAAUGGACGACGCAAUUAUAAGCGAAGCAGUUGACAUGUCUCGCAUGUUAGUGGACAGCUGGACAGAGCUAAUGGUAGAAGAGGAUAUGACCGGCGAUGUAGCUUCAGCGUUCGACGAACUACUCAAGACAACAAGCGUACCCUGGCUGGAAAUGUGUCAGCUGACACUGACUAGUCAAAGUAACACUAUCAAUCAGCUUGACGAAACAAUGCUACUGAGCAUCUGGCACUACAACCAUCCCAAACGUGCUACAAAUCAAAUAUCCGUGCUUAGCGAAAGUCUUAUAGAAGCAGCAAAACUGCAAACGAUGUACGAGUUGCGAAAUGGAGCACUACCCCAUCAAAGUCAGCACGACGAUACAAUCAUCUUCACCUCGGUAGAUCGCUUCAUUCAACGGUUUAUUCGGCUGCGUUUGGCAGGGCGUGGACCGUUGUCGGUAAUUUGUGCGAUGCACGAUGCAGGGCCGAACAUAUCCGCGCGAAAUCAUAGCUUAGACAACACCACCAAUGCGCUGUGGAUGCAGAACUUGUCCGAUGCGGUUCAAUCGCUCGUAUCGAUACCGCCGCUUCUGUUGGCAGCGCUAGAGGAACUGAAGCGCCACACGGAAGCACUGCGCAAUCGUUUAGCGUGGGCAUCGGCCGCCCAUCCGCCACUUUGCCCACUGGAACUUCCGGUUGCUUUCGAGCGGAACAGUUCACACAACAUCGAUAGCAGCAGUAGCUGGAUAGGGUCGCUAGAGAACAUUCUCGGCUACGGGCAGGCGGUACUGCGCUAUGAAAGUACAAGCCGGUUCGACGAUCCGACACUCGCGGAUGAAUUUAGCAAGCUGAUGGAACGAUGGCAAAAGACUCUUACCGGAUAUACGUUGCGCGGUGCAUCGUUUGUCUCACCGACGGAGGAAGCGCUGGUGGAGUUGCUCGAUCCGGAAGGUUCCAUCGAUCCGACGUGGAUCAGCAACGUGAGGGCGCUGAUCGAUGACAUGACCGACCAGGUGCUGACGAACAUUGCGCGCCUGGAGCAGGAUGAGCGUACGCUGCAUACGGCACUGCAUGCCGCCGCCAAGCGACUGCUAACGCUCGAGCACACGCACGAUGAUAUUGUCGGUGACAUUCGGUCGCUGUUGCGCACGCAACUGCGCAUCGGCGGUUCGUCGGCGUUGCGCGACUAUCUUCAGCGCUAUCGACGCUUUCUCGAUCUGUUGCAGAAUGUGCCCGAGGUGGUAGUAGCGAUCGUAACCCCGUCCAAUGAUGUAUUCGAUGCAACCGCACCGGCCUAUACGAUUGACGAUGCCGUUGAGAUGGUGGACGAAUUGCUUACUCUAAUUAACAACGUUUUCGAGCAGCUGUUCCAGUUCGACGAACCACCGGAUGAUGCGGAACAGGACGAAGGGGGAGACAAUGGGGAAGGCGAGGAAGAUGAUGACGAUGCGAUCUGCACCGACGGUGCCUCUUCCUCCGUCCAUAUACAUGAUUCUGCUCCACCUGAAAAAAAAGAACAGAAACAGAAGGAGCAAAAAGAGCAAAAGCGUAACGCUUACGCUGUGUCGGUUUGGCGUCGCAUUCGCAUGAAAUUGGAAGGGCGCGAUCCGGACCCGGAACGGCGCAGUGGCAUCUCCGACCAGGUGAUCUGGAUGAUCGAUGAAGCUAUGGACCCGAGUAAUCUUGCCGUGCUUUACGAAGGCUGGACACCAUGGGUUUAAGAAAAAAAAACAACGCUACGACAUAAAAAAAAACGUUACGUUUGUUACGUUACGUUUAAUUCGUUGUUGCUAGUUGGAUGGAGACGCCCGGUUGGUCAUAGAUUGUGUCACUCUCACAUGUGACUGUUACUACAUUUGUUUAACUCUUCUAUGAAUUUAGUUUUUCAUCUUAUAAUUAUGCUUAUAAUUUGCUGUUGAGUUUGAUUGCACCUUCUACGCUAUGAAGAUACGAUUUAGUGAAAAACAAAUACUAAAUUCAUAUCGUGUUGAUGAAAGUUUUAGCGUAACGGAAAAAAACACCAUCCAGCGAUUGUGUUGGCACGCAAAACAGUUUUUAUAAUUCGGAAAAGGGAUAAGUUAACUGCUAAGCAAAAAGUAAACCAACAGAUUUAUUCUGUUUACGCUAUAAGACGAACCCUGUCGAAGGAACUACAUAGGAGAAAUAGGCUAGUUUGAACAUAGUAACCAAGCAAUCCGGUUCGUAGUUAAGUAAGGUUAGAUUAAAUAUGUUCAUUUUUAAGUUGCUCUGAUUUGCGAGUAUAUUAUCGGAAAUGUGUAAAUUGUAUAGUUGUAUUGCGUGAGUGUGUUUGCGUGAAUUGUAUGAAUGCUAGUUUUUGUGCUAUCGUGCACUCAAACCUAUUGUUUUUCAUUUCGUCGUUCAUUAUUUACCAAUGUAAGGAUAAAUAGUGUACAGUAAAUAAAUUAAAACUUUGAGC